AUGAAACUGUUUUUAACUUCCUUUGUCGCUGUCAUUGUGGCAUCACUUUGGUAUUUUAGGAUCAAUAUUUUUGAAACAUUAAUUGAACGUAAAAAUUGUGAAGCAGCAAGGAACUGUGAAGAUACUAGAAAAUUCACAUACUGGCCUGUAGUUCUUGAUCAAUGGAAUAAAAAUGACAAUCUAAGGUCAAUGAAGCGGGUUUUUGAUAGAAUGGGAUUCAGAAUGGUUAAUGGAAGUGAAGAGCAUUGGGACAUCAUGUGGUCUAUUGAGUUUCCAUUCGAUUCAUUUCCUGAAAAAAUCACCAACUCAACAAUCAAGCCUAACCAGAGGAUAAAUCAUUUUCCCGGAACACCGUUUAUUGGUAAUAAGCUGGCACUGGUCACGACUUUGGAGUCUGAGUAUAUUUUACCAGCUUUCUCAUUUCCAAAGGAUGAGAAAAGAUUCAAAAGAUUUAUUGAAGAACAUCCAGAAGCAAGAUUUGUUGAGAAAAAUUAUGACAAUAGAGGAGUUCAGUUAGUGCCUAAAAGUGUCAUUCAACAAGGAUUUAGUCGAGAAAAUAAAUUCCUUCAAGUCUUCCUUGAUAAUCCACUUCUAAUCGAUGGACACGCUUUCGACAUCGGAAUGUACGUCCUCAUCACAUCAAUUGAUCCAUUAGUCUUCUACAGAUAUAAACCAGAAUGUCUUUUUCGAUUCUGUUCUGAACCAUACCAUCCAUUUGAUCCGAAAAAUCUCAAAAAGUAUGUGAUUGCAGGCAACAAAAAGCACGCUUGGGAUAUGAAAACUUUUCAGCAUCUUGAAGUUCAAUUUGAUUUCCAUAAUUUAGAUAUUUUCAAAAAUUAUUUAAACAAAAAUGGACAUGAUGUUGAAGCUCUAUUCAAGAAAUUUGACGACGCAAUUGUCACAGCUAUAACAUCAAAAAUUAAUAAUAUUGUUGCAGCCACACAAAAUGAGUGCAAAUUAUUUAAAUGCACGAAUGAAAAUUUCUUUGAAUUAUUCAGGUUCGAUUUUAUGAUUGACGACCAGCUCAAUGUUUAUUUGAUGGAAAUCAAUAUGAGUCCGAAUAUGACACCAUCAAAAGAGGAGUAUGAAAGGAAUGGAAUACAUUAUGAGCAGGUUAUUUAUAAUACAUUGAGGUUGAUUGGUGCUGAAGGGUUUGUGGAGUUGAAGGAUGAUUUGAGAUCCUCACAAAUGUUUUCAUCGUCACAAAACAUCGCCAUCGACAUUGAAGCAUGCAGUGGAUGUGACGACAAAUGUGAAUCUGAGUCUUGUUAUCUGUGCUUACCUUGCAUGUCAGAAGACGUACGUGAAUAUUUGAAGAGAUUCUAUCGAGAACAUAACAGACGUGGUGAAUUUGCGAGAAUUUUUCCAUCAGCAGCUAGCGUUGACAAUGAGAAUUUAGGAAGUUUCUCAGAAAAGACACAAAACUUAGCACUUUGGAUGUCGGCGAAAUGUGAGAUGGAUGAAGAGUGGUGUUGA